AUGAACCACAGCAGAAACGUUGAUACGGCGGUAUGGAGUAAAGAUGCUUUGAUGUCUACCAACGUGAGCGUUACAAAUGACAGCAAGCGAAAGAAAAAGACGAGAAAGCACAAAACAAAAGAUAAAAAGAAGAGUAGAUCAACGAGAAGAGGACCGAGCUCGCCUUCAAACUCCGAUGAUGCAGCAGGUUGGUUUGUUUUGGUGAUGCUCACAAAAUCUAGUUUUAAAUGCCUAGCGUAGGCCUAUAGGCCUACCCACAACUGUUUUACCAUAACGUUAUCAUAGUAACCCCAACACGGAUCCUUUGUUUAUGUUUUUGUCAUAGAUUUUGUUAAAGCUGCAAUAUAUGUAACUUUUUGGGCGACCCAACCAAAUUCGCAUAUAAGUGUGAGUUAUAGAUCUGUCAUUCUCAUUAAAAGCAAGUCUUAGACUCCCUGAUAAAUUAAAGGUUAAAAAAAAUAAAGCAGUAGAUCUGUUCUAUGUGUGCCAUUUCUGUUUUACUUUUACUUUUAGUUUUGUACACCAGCUUCAAACAGCUGAAAUUACAAUAUUUUUGGUUAUUGAUAUUUCACAGCAGUUUAGAUGGACAAUGAUUAUCAACACUAUACAUUUGUUUUGUCAAACGGAAAUUAGGUGAACUUUUAGAAUUUAAGUAAAAAGGAAAUGGCAGAGCAAUUUCUCCAUAUUGCACCUUUAAUAAACAAUGAAUAGCUUAUAGCUUCGUAUAUUUUUGAAAAGCACUGAUGCCUGCCUUGUCGCUAAAAAGGGACAACAUGUGAAAGAGAGCCUAAAGUGACCCUUUAAUCACCUGCAAGGGGUGAAUGUGUUGAGUGAUAUUGUUGUGAAAUCAAAACACUUGGGUAUCAAAUUAAGAUUAACCUGUAAUUUAUCCCCACUUUGCCGGCCUGCAAUCACAGCAGAUAAACUCAACACUGAGCAGCAGCAGGUCGUCAAAGGCUCCUCCACAUGGUCCAAACCCCACCCUGAAGGGCUCCAACGGCAAAAAGACCAAAGCCAGGAGUCUGAUCAGCCUCCGCACCAAUAAAUCCCAGCGAGAGGCAAUGAAACACGAGGAAAAAACGUUGACAGGCCCAGACGCUGGUACCCUCCAAGCCCCACUGUCAGGGGACCAGGCCAACCCAGCCAGGGAGAGCCUGAGGUGGGACGGAGUUCUGGAGGAUCCGGUGGCCGAGGCAAAGAGGAUAGAGGUGUACAAGGCCAACCGGAGGAAACGCUACCUGGCCUCACAGCAGGGGGUGAUGGACUACUUGGGCCUGUUCAAGGGACACUUGGAGAGCAGUGGUGUCAUUACACACCACAUCUAG